CAGACAGUGCGUGUUGUUGUGAUUAGACCAGUGCAGAGUAGCACUUAUAUGGAGCGUAACACACAGCCGUCCUGCUCAGAGACAGAAGGCUGCCUCCCCCGCACAGGUUUGGGACAGCGCAUUUUAAGAUGUAGACAGAUUAAUGAUAAAGAGUUCCUCAAACAUGUGAAUGAAACAAAACACAACUCCAGGUCUGUUUUUGAGGAGGGAACAACAUAACAGCGUGACUUAAAGUUCACAAGAGUAUGUUUUGUGUAAUGUAGGACCUUUAAAUUGUAAAGACCAGGUUUCUUGACUUCAUUGUGAACAUAGCCAGAGUGGACUUUGCUCAUAGAUUAUAGACCUUAUGAAUACAGUGACAACUUUAUUCAUAGAAAAAGGUUUGGGGCGUGGGAACUACAGUGCUGGAUCUGAGAAAAAAAUCACCAGAAUGUGGACCCCCCUCUCCCUCACCUUGUGCGUCCUGUCUGCUGUGCUGCUUGGAUGCCCUGGUGGCGACAGCAGCAGGAUUCUGGUGGUCCCGGUAGAUGGCAGUCAUUGGCUCAACAUGGAGCUCAUCCUAAGACAGCUACACGCCAGAGGCCAUGAAAUUACCGUGCUCCACUCUGCAAAGAGCUGGUACAUCCCCCAAAACUCCACUAUGUACACCUCCAUCACCAUACGUAUGCUGGAGGACGAGGAUGACUUGGAUGUUUACAACAGAAUGAUUUUAGAUAUCAUGGAAUGUCGUAAGAAGUCACAGUUAAUUAGUUCCUUCUGUCACAAGUACGUUCUCACCAAACGGUUUUGGGAGGGUUACAAGAUUAUUGCCGAUUCCACCGCAUUUCUUUUGGAUGAUCCAGUCUUUAUGAAAAAGAUGUACGACGGUAAAUUUGACCUGAUGUUAACAGACCCUUGUUUGCCCCAUGGUGCAAUCCUCGGAAGCUACCUCAAGUUACCGAUGGUUUUCAAUGUUCGCUGGAUAAACACUGGUGAGACCCAUUUCACGAUGGCACCUUCACCUUCUUCUUACGUUCCGUUGACAGGAACGGAACUUACAGACAAGAUGGACUUCAUGGACAGAGUGAAAAAUGUCUUAUUCCAGAUAUUCACCGAAAUAGAGAUGCAGUUUCUCGUCUACCCGGCGUAUUCCGAUCUCAUGGCGCGACACUUCCCUCCUGGUUCUGACUUGUUGUCUUUACUGCUCUCUGCGGACAUCUGGUUGGUGAGAGCGGAUUUUGUCUUUGAGUUCCCACGUCCGACUAUGCCCAACGUGGUCUACAUCGGUGGGUUCCAGUGCCAAGAACCCUCUCCCCUCCCGGAUGAGUUGGAAAAGUUUGUUGAAAGUUCCGGCGAACAUGGAGUCAUUAUAAUGUCCAUAGGAACUUUCUUGUCAGCCUUACCUCGAAAAACAACCGAGGCCAUCGCAGCGGCAUUUGCGGAACUCCCACAAAAAGUCAUAUGGAGGUACAGUGGACAACCACUAACCUCUUUGGGUAACAACACUUUACUGGUGAAAUGGUUACCUCAAAACGAUCUCCUCGGACACCCCAAAACUCGUGUGUUCGUAACCCAUGGAGGCACCAAUGGUAUGUACGAAGCCAUCUACCACGGCGUUCCUGUAGUAGGUUUGCCGUUGCUCUUUGACCAGUUUGAUAACGUGGUCCGGAUGCAGGCGCGUGGGGCUGCCAGGAUAGUGGAGGCAAACUCCAUCACCAAGGAGUCCUUCCUGGAAGCGGUUAAGGACGUUGUAGAGAAUCCGUCGUACCGUGAAAAUAUUCAGCGUCUUUCAAAAUUGCAUCAUGACAAGCCAAUGACUCCAAUGGACACAGCCUUGUUUUGGAUUGAGUACGUGAUUAGAAAUAAAGGCGUGCCCCAUCUUCAGGCGGUGGGCUACAGCUUGCCGUGGUAUUCCUACUUUUGUUUAGACGUAGCUGCGUUUUUGUUAGCCAUCGUAGUUGCCGUGGUUUGGUUUUCUAUGUUUUGUUGUAGAUUACUCUGCUGCAGGAGAUCCAAGAGGAAGUUAAAAGGAGAAUGAACAAAACUAGAAUUGGUAUUCUAUGCUGUGAUAUACUUUCAAGUUUCCAAAUAAAGAUUCUUUUUGACAGA